CCCUGUGGAACUUUAGUCUUUACCAGACUCCUAGACGCAAACCGUUGUUUGCCCGUUGUUUAUUAGUCUUUAUUGUGAUAAUUUUGUUACCCAAACCAUAGCCUACGCGUUAUAUUUGAGAGCCAGUGGCGAUUACAGUAUGGGAAAGCGAGAUAAACGUGUGGCCUUUGUCAACCCUGUUGCUGCUGCUCGGAUGUCUGCACCGGCCAGCUCUGGGCCAAGUAUCAGGGACUACCUCAAUCGACCAAGACCAACAUGGGAUGAAAUGAAGGAACAGAUGAACAAGAAGAAGGCAGGAUCAGAGACACUAGCUGCUUAUGAAGAGCAUUUAAAUCAGAAACACAGAGAAGAAUUGCAAAAACACAGAGAAGCACUUCUGAAAGGAAAAGAUACAUUAUUUAAGAAAGAGUCAAAAAAAUCAAAAACAAAGAAGAGAAAGAGGUUGCCUUCUUCCUCAUCUUCUUCAUCUGAUGACAGUGACAUUGAAGAUCCACCAAAGAGGAAGAAAAGAAAGCGUAAGAAGCACAGGAAUGAAGGCAGUGAAAACCAAAGUUCUGGUGAUGAAGGGGGUCUUCAAAGAUAUAAGGGAAAAACUGUAAAUGAAAGCAAGAAGAAAAGAAAAAGGUUGCAUUCUCCCUCCCCUGCCUCAUUUUCUGAUGAUAGUCACAGUGAUAAGCAUCUUAAAAAGAAAAAAAGAAAGAAGCAUAGAAAGCAUAAGCAGAAGAAGAAGAAGAAGUAGAAGAAGACAUAAUGCUGUAUUUCGAGAAGACAAUACUCAAGGAAGAAAGAAAAUGGAUGGGAUUUGAAAUAAAUCUAACAGCAAUGAUUAGUUUUGUUAGACAAAUAGAUAGCAUAGCUCGAAACCAGCCAUUUCUGUGAGACCACAGUGCGUGCCCACAUGUUGGGGGGGGGGGGGGGGAUGGGCAAUCGUAAGACCUCAACUGUCAGCUGGAAUAAUGGAGAUCAUUUCUGUGAGAACACAGUGCAUGCAUACAUGUUUGGGGGGUGGGGGGGGGCAAUCGUAAGACUUCAACACCUAAUGUCAGCUGAAAUGGAGAUCAUUUCUGUGAGACCACAGUGCAUGCCCACAUGAUGGGGGGGGGGGGGGGGGCAAUCAGAAGACUUCAACACCUAAUGUCAGCUGAAAUGGAGAUCAAGCUAGGAAUAUCUGAAAAUACAAUAGUUUAUGUUCAUGUCAGUAGCUUAUGAUUGUUGAAUUUUGUAUCUUUGCUUCUUGUUUAACUAAAAGAUGAAUAAAUAAAUUGUAAUGUUAA